AUGAAUUUAAAGCAGACUCGGGAAAAUCAGACAAAAAUAAAAGACUUGAUUUCAACAUUUGGGUUGGAAAUCAGGUACCUAGGUAGAGAUAGCAUGGAGGGGUUCAUUGAACCCUUCAUAGGUGGUGCAGGAAAUUUUUUCUGUGUUCCUAGGAUGUGGAGUUGAUGGGGGAAAGUUGGGUUCUGUCGGGGGUCUUCUAUGUAAAAUUCAGGAGAUGGUUUCGAAAAAUUAUAAAAAGUCUAAGAAAAUUUUUUUUCCAUGCACCAUCGACUCUGUAUCCUAUUAAGGUUGGUCAGUUCGAA